AUGGAAGCCUCUACUCUCAGAGCAGCUGUGCAUCCAAGCCAACGAAGCAGAAGCUAUGCGACGGAAUCGCCGCCUGCAGCCCCCGCACCUGUCGACGCACCGAGGACUCUACAAGUGCCGGAUGGAGAGAAGUCAAUUGCAGUUGCAGAAGAGAGGCAGCGCGAGAAGCUGCAGCGUGCCGUCAACAAGCACCUGAAUCACAUGGACGACCCGUGGAAGAUCGCACAGCAUGUCGACCAGACGCUCGCAAAGGACCGGUUUGACGAAGCGCUGCUCUUGACGCAAAGGGCGAGUAAGGAUCGUCAGGUCGUCGUUGCCUGGAACCAUCUCAUCGAUUAUCAGCUCGACCGUCAGCAUCUAAAAAAAGCAAUCAAGCUAUUCAAUGAAAUGAAGAAACGCGGCCAGUUGCCCAAUGUUCAGACAUUCACUGUCAUCUUCCGAGGCUGCGCCAGGUCACAGCACCCCAAAGCCGCAGUCGCCGAAGCUGUAAAGCACUACAAUAUCCUCAUGGCCGACAAGCGUAUCCAGCCAAACUCGAUACACCUCAAUGCUGUACUGAAUGUGUGCGCCAGAGCAGGUGAUCUCGAUUCCAUGUUUCUAAUCGCCGACACCGUCAACGACUCCACACGAGCACCAACAGCCUACACAUACACCACCAUCUUGAACGCCCUGCGCCACAGUGCCCGGAGGGAUAUCAAGGAGCUGACUCACGAGCAACAGUCCACGAACUUGCAAAAAGUCGUGGACCGAGCAAACGGCCUCUGGGUGGAGGUCAUGGACAAGUGGAAGAAGGGCCGACUAGUCAUCGACGAAGAGCUCGUCUGCUCCAUGGGUCGCGUGUUGUUGCUUGCGCCAAAGCGCGAGGACAAGCGGCUCGUCCUGGACCUCUUGCAGCAGACCAUGAACAUCCCCAACCUCACCAAGGCCCUUGGUUCAGACCCCUCCCGAGACGCUGACAUGCAAAAUGUCGCCAUCGACGGCCCCUCCAAGGCCGCCACUUCAUCAAAGGCCGUCUACGCCAUCCCCGGCCGCAACACCCUCGCCCUGCUCCUGACCACCCUCGCGUCCUCAAAGCUCACAACCGUGGGCAUCAAAUACUGGAACCUCAUGAUCCGUCACUACGGCAUCGUCCCCGACAACGACAACUGGCUCCGCAUGUUUGGCAUGCUCAAGGUAGCCAAGGCCAGUGCCCACGCGGCAUCCAUCCUCGAAAUCCUCCCCAGCGAAUUCGUCGACCCAAAGCCGUACCGCAUCGCAAUUGAGACCUGUGUCCGCGACAACAUCAACCAAAACGCCAUUGAGAACUCCACCGCCAUCCUCAACUCCAUGAUGUCCCGUCUCGACGUCCCAGACAUCCACACCCUUCGCCUCUACCUGCGAGUCGCGCUCGUCAGUCACUAUCAUUUCCGAACCCGCGCCCAAAAUGGCGACCAAGCAGGCGCCAAGCGGGAAUACGGCGUCCAGAUUACCACGGCUCUCGCUAAUCUCUGGGAACCUUAUAAGAAGGUUCACUAUCACUAUUUCAAGGCUACUCCUACGCCAGCCACCCAGGAGGGCAAGGGCAUUUUGUACAAUGACAAGCGAGAAGUAAUCGCUCUUGCGCGGCUCAUGUUCUCCGCCUUUAAUAAGGUAAUCAACGAAAGUAUGCUCCCUGAGAAGGACUUGCGUGAGCUGCGUGCUGUUGGGGCCAAGAUCAACCGGGAAAUCCAGGCCUUCUACUCCGAUCGCGAGAAAACAGAGCCAAAACUGCGACGUUCGUCAAGUGUUGAGCAUGAAGCCCCAGCUGAGGUCGAGGAUGCUACUCAUAGACAAGGUGGAGGGGACUUUGUUUGGGACACAACAAAAUCGGGAGAUCCUGUCUCGUUACGAAAAGAGCGCCGUUGA